GACGACAUAGCAGCUUUUAGAGAGAACCUAUCGUAAUGUGUUGAGUUUCAAGUUAUCAAAAUCUAGUGAAGUUUUUGUGAUAAGUAUAAUUUAGUCUAUAAAUCAAAUAGGUAAAAACAAACGAAACCUUACAGAUAUACCUGUGAAAGCAAGUAAGUCAUUAGGAAAAAAAAAUCAUCGAGUGACUUCGUGAAUAUCUAUCGAUUUGGUUUUACACAAACAAAAAUGUCAGGCAUUUUGUUCUUUGAAGCAUAUUUUACCUGUGCCUGCAUAGGUGCCGGCAUAGGUGCCUGCAUAGGUGCCUGCAUAAGUGCAGUAAUUAAAAUCAAUAAUAUCACUGAAAUCGUAGAAAAGUUGACUCGCAGACUUACUACCGAACCUUCCCAUGAAAAUGAAAAUUCUAGAAACGAAGAGUCCGGAUUGAACUGUUCUGGCAGAAUUCUAACCACAACCAACAAAGUCCAGCCCCCAAAAAAGAUUACAUACGACAGUAAAAAACCAAUUGGCAUGAGUCACGCUACCGUGUUUGAAGGACUGUUUGAAAAUGAUAUGAUAGUUGCGGUUAAAAGAGUACAUAUAGAUACGGAUGAUACUGAUCAGAUAAUUAACGAGUACAAACAUCUUCAAAAGAAAUUAAGGCGACAGAUAGAUAUUAACCACAAAAUAAUGAAAUCCGGUCAUGAAAAUGUCACUAAAUACUACGGUUAUCAGAUAGAGGGUACGCAUCUUCUUUAUGCACUUGAACUAUGUAACUAUCACUUAGAAGAGUUUCUUCUUCAUCAUCGGCAUAACUGUCCUCCAAUAUUAGACACAGAUAUACUUCUAAGUAUGGCUAAAGGACUGGACUUCUUACAUUCAAAAGAUAUUGUGCAUCGAGAUUUGAAGCCCUCCAAUGUUCUUAUGAAAAUAGAAAACAACAAUGUUAUUGUUAAACUAUCUGACUUUGGUAUGUCUAAGACAUUACCUGAAACAAGUUCCGUAGCUUCCGGAAGUAGUGAAAGUGGAACCCUGGGCUGGAUGGCGCCUGAAGUCUACAUCGCACUAGAAGACCUAAAUACUGAAAUUCAGUUCAGUCGAAAAAGCGAUAUUUUUCCUCUAGGGUUGCUCUUUUACUUUGUAGCAAGUGGCGGUAAAUAUGUUUUCAAUACCCAGGACGACAUACAAAACAAGAAUGCCACUUAUACAGGCGUUGUUGCGAACGACCCUCUAUUUAACCUUGUUAAAGACAUGCACUCGCCUGCUCCAACAGAUAGACCGUCAGCACAAGAAGUGAAAAAUCAUCCAGCACUUUGGAAUAUGGAAAAAGUCCUGGAUUUCUAUAAAAAAACAAGUAAUCUGUCAAUGGGUUUACCCGUAAACAAUGCUCCAUUUACUAAAAAUCCUAUACAGGUUAUUACAGGAACUGGAAACCAAAUGAUACCAUGUCAACCUUUUGAUUGGUAUCAAAAGUUGACACUCAGUGUGCAGCAAGAUUUGUUUCCAAAUGUUUAUGGGCGCCGAUCGCAUCAUGGCAAGGGUAAGGGUCCUAGAUAUGAUAGAUUGUCCGUCGACUCUUUGAUAAGGGCUAUAAGAAAUAAUAAUGAGCAUUAUUACGAGCUCUCCAUAAACUUACAAAAUGAGUACGGAAGUUAUCCAACAGGAUUCUUAAAUUACUGGACGACAAAAUUUCCUGGAUUACUCAUGUAUGCAUAUGAUGCAAUGAAACUGCAUAGUGGCGACGGCAGCAUGGCGAAAUUCUAUGAAUGAUUUGUUGUUUUGAUGUUAAAGCAUUCGUCAGCCUUCACAAACCGGGACGUUUCAGUUCAUUUGUAUAUGAAAAUCUACCAACUAUUUUUUUUUAAACGGGACGUUUCAGUUCAUUUGUAUCUACCAACUUGAAGAUGUUCUUCAAAAUUAAUUUCACAAAGCAAAGGGAACAAAUGUAAACGGACUCAUUUUUCUGCAUUUUAUAUACAUGUACUACGGAUGUUAUACAUCACGCACAAAUAAGGACGCACAACGGUGACAUUAAGUCCGAAAAUUGCAGUUUAUUUUUAAUGUUUACAACGUGCAUGUUGGCCCCCAUUAUAUGUCUGCCAUUGCUAAACUAGAAAAAAAAACGCUGUAAAAGACUGCUUCUCAAGAACGUCGUGGCAGAUCUUCAGCAAACUGUACAUACUUGUAAGUUCCUCUCCAAAUUUUUUAUUCAAAUGGGGAGCUUGGCCCCUUUUAGGUGUUACUAAAGCUAAAAUAGAAUUGUAAAAAAAUUAUUACUUUUUUUCUGAAUUCAAAAUACUUUUUGAUUUGACAGUAAAAAAAUAUCACUGGAUUAAUACUGUCUGUGCCUGUACCAUGGUGAACUUAAAGAGAGUGCGUGAUUUGAGGUUUACUGUCUGUACUUUUUAUCCUGUUAAUUCACUUGUGUUAAUGAAGGAUCUUUGUAUACGACAUAUUUAUAGAUAUGCAACUAAAAUAACAGAUUAUGUCCGAGUAACCGCAUGGGUUUGGUUAUCAUGAUAUGCUGAUGAUUAUAAGGAUGUCCAAAACGAAAGGCACUUUGUUCUAAAAACAUUGUAAAAUUGAUAUUGUUUGACAUAUUUACACCUCUGUUUACCCCUACUUACAUCUUUGUUUGUUAUUCUCCAACAUUAAAUCAAAAUUCUGAAAGUAUGAAAGUGUUACCUUUCUUUUCGGACUCCCUGUUUUAAUGUUCAUCCUUUCCAGAAGUGAAAAGCAGGCCUAUCGCACUGAUGAAAAAAUCAUUAAUAAAAGCUCAAAAAAGUAACUAGAAUAUCAUUAGAAUAUAUAUAUCAGAAUAUCAUUUGCCUCUUAACAUCAUUGUGGAAAAGUGAGGCAGAAAACCUAGAGCCUUGCCAGGCCUGGAUCCAGGGCCGGACCGAGGAGACCCGUGCCCCCUCCCGCCCCAAGUUUGCUGAGAAGUGACCUGUACUCAUCAAAGUUGCACCCAAUUAUUUAUUAUUAAUCAAAUCUAAACCCAAAAAGCACCACAGGUCACUAUUUCAUACCGAUAUUUCAAAAUUUUCCAGAGGAAGAGCUCCUUCAUCCCACUAGAAUGAGGCAGGAACCCCUACUUAACCUAAAACAUUAGACCAAAAAUGCACCAGAGCCCACCAUAUUAUACCUGUAUUUCAAUUUUUCCAGGGGAGAGUCCUUAAAUGAGGGGGUUCCCCCUGUAGUAACUCAAAAUUUAGACCAAACUGUGCACAAAAGGCCACCAUUUCAUACCUGUAUUUCAAAAUUGAAUGAAAGUAAUUGAGAUAAACAGGGCUAAAAGGGCGAUUUUUACAGUGAUAUGACACAGUCUAAGAGUGUUCCAGAACGCACCAGAGACGUCCCGGGGGAAAACAAUUCGAGGGGAAGACAUGUACCAGGAUCCCCCGACCCCUACACCCCACCCCCAGAUUGCCUCGGUUAAAAUUUGUGUUAGGCUACGGCACUGAGAACACUACACACUACAAUAGCUAGAGCUUUAAAAAAAAUCCUUUGACUAUCCUUUAAAUAUAUGAAUAUAUACAGUUGGAAACAUUAUGAACAUUUUUGUAAUAGGAAGAUAAUAAAGUUUUUACCUAGGCCUAUAAUGCAGAAAUUAACGCCGUAAGGUGAGCUUAGGUUUCUCUCGUUUGUUAGAUCACACGCACACCCACACACGCACACGCACACGCACACACGCACACACAGAGAAAAAUAUAAUGUCAAUAAGAUUUUUUUAUUUUAAAAAAACCUGUUUUGUCGUCAAUUUUGCACGUAAAACAAGAGGCUUUGUCAAAUGUCAAUGAUUCCUUAAUAUAUUACGUAUUUCUUUGUCAAAAUUUCUCGAAAUGGUGUAUUGCUACUCAACACAAAUUCUUUCUGUAUUUAUUGUAUUGCACAUGCUUUGAUAAAAAACUGUUCUUGUUUCUUAUUUUUGAAGUAGGUCGCCUCAUCUCGAUACUUUGCACCGCAAUCAUUUAAACUGUUGAUGUUUGACACUUGCUUGCAGGAAAAAUAUAUAAAAAUUGUAUGAAAAUAUGACUAUUGUAAACAAGCUACCAGAUUUUGAGAUCAGGUACUGAGGCGAAUUGCUAUAUAACGUGAACGCGUACUUCUUUUUGACAGCACUAUCCUGAUGUUGUAUAGAUCGAUUAAUAGUUUGCCAUUUGUUAUAAUUUUCUGAUUCUCAUUGAAAUUGUUACAAUGUAAAUAUAAGUAUUGAAUGUUACAUUUGUGUAAAUCAUAUUGUCGUAGAAGUAUUAAGUGUAUAUUUUACAUGUAAUGUAUAAACAUAAAACAUUUGCUCUUAAUUAUAAUGACUCAUUAUAUUCAAUUAUUUGGCGUUGUAUUUCACAGACCACAAAAAAUACGUUGUACCAUUUUGACCUCUCGAAUAAUUUGCUGACCAUAUUGAAUACCUUUAGGUAUGGAGUUUUAGAGAUACACGCGACACGGGAAAAUGAAUGGUAAAUAUGUUGUGUAUAUGUACAGUUUUUUUUAUAUAUAUUUGUUAUAUAUACACAC